AUCCCAGGAUAUACCCACUUCAACUAUUCCAGAAAGCUCUUCUUAACUUGUCACAAACUUCUUCAUCAUGAGCCAACAACAAACACCUCGGAGACCACAAGAAGGACAAGAGCACAAAGAUCCGAUCAAGUACGGUGACAUUUUCAAUGUCUCAGAGGACUUGGCAUCCGAACCAAUCAUGCCGCAAGACGCGGCACUCAUGCAAGCGACGGAAAACCAGGCACUGGGACAAACCCAAAAAGGUGGCCCGGCUUCCGUCAUGCAGUCUGCUGCAGCCACCAAUGUCUCUGCGGGUCUUGUGGGCCGCGGAGACAUCUCUAGCGUGGCAAAAGACCAAGGGAUAUGCGUGUUGGAGAGUAAAAUUGGCGUCAACCGUGUCAUUACGGAAAGCGUGGGAAAACAGGUUGUGGGUCAGUUUGUGGAGCCAGAUGUGCCCAUGAAAACUCCUGGCUCGGCUCUAGAUAGAGAUGCCAUAACCAUUGGGGAGGCUCUCGAAGCAACGACGUUGGCUCCCGCCAGCGACAAGCCAGUGGAUCAGAGUGACGCUGCAGCUAUACAAGCUGCCGAAAUGAGAGCCACCGGGAAGAAUGAGAUUCAAUCCGGCGGCUUGGCAGCCGCAGCUCAAUCUGCCGCCACCAAGAAUACAAGGACUAUGGGUGAUUUUCAGAAGACAACCUUGUCUGAUGUCUUAACGGAUGCAAAGGAGAAGCUGCCAUCGGAUAAGGCGGUGACGAGAGAGGACGCGGAGGGAGUGAUCGGUGCCGAGAUUAGGAACAAGGCGGACAUGAAAACUACUCCUGGUGGUGUUGCUGCAUCCCUCGCCGCAGCAGCCACCCUUAAUCAAAACAAAUCAUCGUCAUGAACUACUAGUAGUGUGUUUUAACUUUUAAUUUUACUUGGAGUGUCUUUUUAAUGUUGGUGUAUGUUGCUGGCUUAUUUGAUAAAGGGUCUUGUUUGUAUAACUUGUUUUAUUGUAGAUCUUUUUCUAGUUCAUAUAUAUCAUGCAUGUCUUUUUCUCUUUCCGUGCAUUUGGAAUUUUCUUCUCUCAAUCAAACAAUCAAGGUAAU